GCGGGUCUAGUCCUCUCCAAGCCGCUCGCGUUUGUUUAGAUUCACGGGUGCCUUCUUUUGCGCUGAACUCCUAGGCGCAGCCAAAGCGUAGAAGUUCUGCUAGAUAUCCAACCCAAGAUCACCUUGCUGCAACUUAAUCUAGAGCACCCUAUAUAUCUGCCUUUUUGAUUGAGCUGCCACCUUCCCCUAGGUGGUCCUUUCCUGACCACCUGCUCAGCCUCUCCCGCUAAGGAAGGGCUGCUUUUUUCUCCACCAGAAAGGUUCAGCUGGCCCAGCGGUUUCGAUGUGAGGGAGGCACAAGAGCGUGACUCCUUGUACAUUCUAGACCACCAUCCUAUGGCCUUAGGCCUAGGGCCAAGGUGUGUUGAUGUAACAGAACAGAGGGCCACAGAUGAAUCAACACCUUGAAUCAGAGGAGCGGCAGAACCAGACACUGGAGCAGCAGGUCACCAGGAGUUGGGGCCGCAGGCCUAGGAGAGCCUUGGACAGGGCUGAGGCCAUGGCCCCCUCACCAGCACCACUGGCUGCCAGCACCCCACUUCUGCAUGGCGAGUUUGGCUCCUACCCGGCCCGAGGCUCACGAUUUGCCCUCACCCUCACAUCUCAGGCCCUGCACAUACAGCGGCUGCUCCCAAAGCCUGAAGCCCGGCCCCGGGACGGCCUUGUCCCUCUGUCUGUGAUCUCAGGCUGCUGCACCCUUCGAAGCCACAGUCCCUCUGACUCGGCGGCCUACUUAUGCAUCUAUACCUACCUGCGGGGCCGGCGGGGGGGCCGGCGCCGAGCUGCCCGCACCUUUCAGGCUGAUGGGGCUGCAACCUAUGAGGAGAACCGUGCAGAGGCCCAGCGCUGGGUCGCUGCCCUCAUGAGUCUACUGCGAGGAUUGCCACUGCCUGGGGAAGAGGAGAUCACCCCUGAGCUCCUGCCACGGCCACCCCGGUUGCUACUCUUGGUCAAUCCCUUUGGGGGACGGGGCCAGGCCUGGCAGUGGUGUGAGAACCACGUGCUACCCAUGAUUUCUGAAGCUGGGCUAUCCUUCAACCUAAUUCAGACAGAAAGACAAAAUCACGCCCGGGAGCUGGUCCAGGGGCUGAGCCUGAGUGAGUGGGACGGCAUCGUCACCCUCUCAGGAGACGGGCUGUUAUAUGAGGUGCUGAAUGGGCUCUUAGAUCGCCCGGACUGGGAGCAGGCGGUGAAGAUGCCCCUGGGGAUCCUCCCCUGCGGCUCCGGCAACGCGCUGGCUGGAGCUGUGAACAAGCAUGGGGGGUUUGCACCAUCCCUGGGCCUGGACCUGCUGCUCAACUGCUCCCUGCUGCUCUGCCGGGGUGGCAGCCACCCUCUGGACCUGCUCUCUGUGACACUGGCCUCAGGCUCCCGCUGUUUCUCCUUCCUGUCUGUGGCCUGGGGCUUUGUGUCAGAUGUGGACAUCCAGAGUGAGCGCUUCCGAGCCCUGGGCAGAGCCCGCUUCACCCUGGGUACAGUGCUGAGCCUCGCCACAUUGCGGACCUACCGAGGACGCCUCUCUUACCUCCCUACCACUGUGGAGUCAGCCUCACCUGGCCCUGCCCAUGGUCUGCCCCGGGCCAAGUCAGAGCUGACCCUGGCUCCAGCCCCAGUCCCACCUACGGCACACUCCCCUUUGCACCGCUCAGUGUCUGACUUGCCUCUACCCCUACCCCUACCCCAGCCUGCCCUGGCCUCCCCUGGCUCACCUGAGUCCCUGCCUGUGCUGUCCAUCAAUGGUGGGGUCCCAGAGCUGGCCACGGACUGGGGUGGCGCUGGGGAAGCGCCACUGUCCCCAGACCCACUCCUGCCCUCACCCUCUGGCUCCCCCAAGGCAGCUCCACUCUCUCCCAUCACAGAAGGGCGUCCAGAAAUGCCGACAGCCUCUGGGCUCCCACCCAGCACACCUGCUGCACCAGCGGCCUCUACUGGGGGUCCACAGGACCACCUGCUGCCCCCAUUGGACAGCCCACUGCCCCCAGGCUGGGUGACACUGGAGGAGGAUUUCGUGCUGGUGUUGGCCAUCUUACCCAGCCAUCUGGGUGCCGAUCUGUUGACAAUUCCCCACGCACGCUUUGACGACGGCGUGGUGCACCUGAUGUGGGUGCGGGGUGGGGUCUCGCGGGCCAUGCUGCUGCGUUUAUUCCUGGCUAUGGAGCGUGGGAACCACUUUAACCUGGGCUGCCCGCAGGUCGGCUAUGCCCCGGCCCGUGCCUUCCGCCUGGAGCCACUCACUCCCCGCGGCUUGCUCACAGUGGACGGGGAGCUAGUGGAGUACGGGCCAGUGCAGGCGCAGAUACACCCAGGUCUCGGUACGCUGCUCACGGGUCCUCCUGGCUGUGCCGGGCAGGGACCUUGAACCUGGGGAUGCGCCAGGGACAGGACCGGGCUACACGGUGUGGCCUGGCUGCUAGAGUUGGGGCAGUGCCCCACGUGUGCAAAGGUUCGGCCCGUCACCAGGGAACUGGAAGUGAUGCCAGGGGCUGGCCCAAGCUCCAGGCUCGUCCCCUGGGUAGUGCCUGACCGGUGAAGGGCGAGCUUGGGCUGCUCUCGCCGGUGGGACCCAAAGUCGGUCCCCACUUUGUCUCCAGCUCACAACAGGUCAGAGAAGCUGAGGGUGGAGCCUGCCUCACAUCUGCCCAAUGACCGGACCUGGAAUGUACGAGUUGGGAGAAGCCUUAGCUAAUUGGCCAGGCAGGACUGGGUCUCGCCCUAUCCAUUCUGGUGCCUCCACCUAACUGGCCAAUCAGCCUGAGAGGGGCGGGUCCCUGGGGGCUGUCGCUCGGAUUUGCACUAAUACCCUCCCCCCCACGGGUGGGGGUGGGAAAAUUCAAGUCUGUGUCCUGUGCGUCCUCCGUCCCCAUCUAAAAAGCAAUUGAAAAGGUCUAUGCAAUAAAGGCAGUUGCUUCGUUCCUAA